AGCUGAUUAAAUUCAAAACUACUCUACUCUUUUCAUUCAAUUUUCCAAAAAUGUUUAUUUGAUUGGGAUGCAAUUAAAAUUAUACCGAAAUUAAUAAAAAGUGCCGGCCUUAUAAACAAAUACAAUCUCCUUUGAAAUAAUUCAUGGAGAUUAUACAACAUUUAUGAUGCAGUUUUACAGUGACCUUUGAAAGCCUGGGAGUUUUGGUUCGAGAUUGAAAGCACAGGAAAAUUGAAUUUUAGUUAAUAAACUUUAUUUAUUGAAUUUAAUCAUUGCAGAUUUCUAACACGAACAGAUUUACACCAUGCCUGAACGUCUGAAUAUCGAUGCGCCUCUAUGGGAUCAGAGCACUUUUGUUGGCAGAUUCAAACAUUUCCUUUGGGUUACAGAUCCUAGAAGUUGUAUUGUUGGCGAUGAAGCAUUGGAUAAAGCAAAAGAAUUAGUGGAACAGUACAGGAAAGGCAGCGAACCACCAGGAACUUCUGUUGACCAAGUGAUUUACGCGAAGAAAUUAUAUGAGAGCGCUUUUCAUCCAGAUAGUGGCGAGAAACAAAAUGUUUUUGGUCGUAUGUCAUUUCAAGUACCUGGUGGUAUGGCUAUCACUGGAGCAAUGUUACAGUGGUAUCGGACGCCAUUCGCUGUAGUGUUCUGGCAAUGGGUCAACCAGUCCUUCAAUGCUUUAGUGAAUUACACAAAUCGUAACGCCAAGUCUCCCACCACCACAACUCAGCUGGCUGUUGCUUAUCUGUCAGCAACAUCUUCUGCCAUGCUCACAGCAUUGGGUUGCAAAUAUUACUGGCAAAAAAGAGCUAGUCCUUUCGUGCAAAGGUAUGUUCCCUUUGCUGCUGUAGCAGCAGCGAAUUGCGUAAAUAUCCCUCUCAUGAGGCAAAACGAAUUUCUGCACGGAGUCGAUUGCACUGAUGAAAAAGGCAAAAUUGUGGGCCAAUCCAAAUUGGCAGCUGCCAAAGCAUUUACUCAGGUGAUUGUAUCUCGAAUCAUAAUGUGUGCCCCAGGCAUGUUGGUUUUACCUGUAAUCAUGGAAAGAGCUGAAAAAUUACCAUUCAUGAAGAGAAUUGUUUUUCUUCACGGGCCCAUACAAGUUAUGGGAGUAGGUUGCUUCUUAUCGUUCAUGGUUCCGACAGCAUGUGCCAUAUUUCCACAAAGAUGCUCCAUUAAAACUACAACGCUUGCUUGGCUGGAACCAGAGGCGUUUGGAAACAUAAAGAAAAACUGCGGCGAUAAAGUUCCAGAACGAGUCUACUUUAACAAAGGCCUUUAAAUACAUCGCAGACAAUAAUUCUAGUAAUAUUUAGUAACAAAUACUUGGUAAUAACUUCAAAGGAACUAUACGUAAAACAUUUAGAAGCAAUUUUUCGCUUUGCUUGCUCCUAAGUUUAUUUAUGUACAACCGGGCCGCAAGGUACCUAUUUGCUAGCGCAAUUUGAUACUUUUGGCCACUUGAAUAAUUAUUUGGUUGUUUACUGUGGUUUCUACUGGUAAUUUCUGAAUACCUUUCAUUUUUGUUUAUUUUACUAUUAUUAUUUAUUUAUAAUUUUAUCAAAAAUUUUAUUUGAGUCAUAUAAUUACUCGCGGUUGUACAUAAAAUUUUGUAUGUACCCCAGGCGCAAAUGGUGUUUGAGGCCCUUUGUGUGGUUAAAACGGGCCGCAAACACCGUAAUUGCGCCCUUGGUACAUUACUAUUUUGUUUUUUAUUGCCAAUAUUUGGUUUAUUUUUAUUAUGCUCAAAAUAAAUAAUUUUUGUAAAUCAAAUAGUAGAUAGAGAUCAGGAAGCGUGGCAACCCAUAGUAACUUUUCGACUCCAUUUGUAAAAAAUACUAUACAUUUCACAUUGAAAUCUUUAUUGAAGAUAGCUGAUCUCUACCUACAUGAUGUGUUGCAAGUGUGACUUAAUAAUAAAGCAUUGUAUUUGCUAAGUGAAAUAAUUAUAACAAAACCCUAUUACGCUAAGUUUAACAAAAAAUAAUUAUGUAAGGCUUAACUCAAAUAUGUUCAUUUUAAUAGCAAUAUGAAUUAUUCAGGUUAAAAUUGUAUACAUAUUAUGGAUAUUUUUUUUUUUGGAGCAAUAACUAAUUUGUUAAGGAUAUUUUUUGUUCGUUGUUGAAUUUACACGUCCAUUAUUUUGUUUUGUUAAUUAUUAUUGUGUUGUUGAUGUAUACUUGAAAAUAAAGAUUUUUUCUUUUGAA